AUGGAUCAAACCCGGAACAAACCAAUACAGAAUGAACGUAACAAUAUCUCCAAGCCGCAGAUUUUCGUACAGCUCGCCUUCGGCGUCUCGUGGUCCCAGCGACACACACCGCAGACUCAUACCGUGACUUAUAUGUCCCGUAAUUUAAAGAGCGUUAGGGAUUCGGGGAACUUUCCUCGCCAGGUACCCCCGCCGAAUACCAAUUACUUGGCCGCCCCGGAGCCACGCCAGAAUCGUAGUCGAGAACAUUCAGGCCGGCAUAAUCCGGAGCGGCAGCAGCAUCGCCAGCACCACCACCAUCAUCAUCACCAUCACCACGCGCAGCAAUCUCGCGCCGUAGCUCAGACCCGAGAGCAUGGGCGUCCCCGGGGUCAGGCCAACGAACAGUCUAGCGAACACCUACGGGCUCGGCCAAGACCCGGUUCGAGAAAUGAAAAUAAAGGAGCUUUGCACGAGCGAGGGAGGUCGGCCCCCCCGCCUUUUAACGACAGCCCUUGGGAUGUCCACCAUGCAUCUUCGGCAACACUAUUUCCGCCUUUCACGCAAACGAGCAGGGAGCAACCGGAGGGCAGGAAAGUAUUACCAGCACCACCUAGCCAAUAUCGGUUGGGUGAAGAUGGACUGCCAUGGUCGGCAUGGGCAUGGCCGGCAGAUGGCGACGGCGACGGCGACGGCGACGGCGACGGAUCACCUUACGCAAAUAACCCGACGACUGUUCCCCUAUCGAUGGAACGACAUCGCAGUGAGGAUAUUGAAAGAGCUCGGGAGCUCGAGUCGUUGUCUGCGGCUAUGGUAACAGUUGAUAACGGUUUCGAAAAUCAAUGGUGGUACCAAGGCUCACGAGAGCCUGUGGAACCAUGGUGGCCACGGGAAACUGGAGACGAUGCAAGCGAUGCAGACGAGGUGGGUACGCUGACAACGGCCGAGGCGUUGCUACUAUCCGACUCGGAGCCGCCGUUAGCUUUAAGUUCUAAUGAAGAUCACCUGGCGAGUUUGCAUGAUCUUGUAUCGCCCAUGUCUGACACAUCAAGCCUCUCUCGAAGCUUCACGCGUCCUCUUUGCCGAUCGCUGACGACUAGGUCGGAGGAGCUGUGGUUAGGAAGCUAA